AUGUCCGGGGCGAGGAGGAACGGAAAAAACCAGGAUAGCAGCCAGGAUGCAGACAGGGACAACAUCAUGAUGGUAGCCACGUGGAACGUACAAGGGGCAAACGACCUAAAGAAAAGGAAGCUAAUUGACGAGGAAUUAAAAAAGAGGGAAGCCAGCCUACAGGAAACCAGAGUAACAAGUGGGAUGGCCGCGACAAGGAACCACGACUGGUGGUUAGGAGGAGGGAGGAAGGAGAGAACCAGCAGAGCUGGCGAAACCGUAUACGAAUGCAACAACAUCGAUUACUUCUCCAAAGAAAAAUAUAGUCCGGACCCUAACGACUCAACUUUAGCAAUUCCAUAUGCUGUGACAAAAUCAAUCUUCUACUUCCUACUGGCUUCAUUUCUACUUUUCCUGAGUUACUGUUGCUGCAUCCUCGGCCAAUGCAGAAAACACCGCAGGCUGUGCAUCUUCAUUUCGGGAGUAGCAUUCAUAGUUUCCGGUUUAAUCAUGUUACUUGGACUGAUCAUGUACAUUUCUGUUUUCAAAGCAGAAGUAGGAAGUAAGCUAAGACCACGAUCGCAGCUACUGCCGCCCGCCUUCACCUACCAUUAUGGCUUUUCGUUUUUGCUGUACGUCAGCGGUUUUAUAAGCACGCAAUUAGCUGGCAUCAGUGCGGUGUUCCUAUUCAUUUAUAGAAUGCAGCAGGAAUGGAGAUUGCAAUAUUUAGAAGAUGUAAGAAGGGGUAAGGUACCAACACCUCCGCCGUCCAUGAAUUACAUGCAAAUAGACCAUACGAUGUUUUAUCCGUGUAGAAGACAUCCGCAAGCUUACAUAAACUCAAAUAGUUCGAUACACGUACCGAUAAACUUUCCUUCGCCAGUGCAUCAGAGACGGUACUUCUUCAGCAAGGAUCCCAUACAAGAAUCUCCAUGUAGUCUGCAUCGUAAUAUGUCACACGCAAACUCGUUAAAAGACAUUCCUAGUAGUUAUUACGAUUUUCCUCCUCCUCCAACUAUUAGUUAUCAAUUUCAAGAAAUGAAGACUUUUAACAGGGAUACAUCGAGGCUUUUUCCUCGCGACAUUACAACUAAUACCGUUUCGACGACGGCGGAUAUUAAUUGUGACGAUUUUUUACCGGAACAAUACGAUGAUUACUCCCCUAGCGUUCCCCACGAACACGAAUUUGUUACAUUCGAUUUAGAUCAACCUUUAUCUAUACACGCUCAAAGUAUGGUGUCUGUUAAUUCGCGGCACGAAAACAAUAGAAAAGACUUUAAUAGUGAUACUUUAAGAAGAACUACGCCAGUUUGAGUACUGCCGAAGGGUAGAGGGAAAUAAUCAAAAUAAUUCAAUUGCGUUAAAUUUGUUGUUUGAAUUUGUAUACAAUUUUGGUUGGGCCAUUUUUUUUAUAAACAGACUGUGACAAAUUCUAUUAUUGUUCGCCUUUCCCUGUAUAAAUAUUCUAAACGGAAGCAAAAUGAAUACCGUGAUAUUAAUCUAUAUGUAAUUGUUAAUACAAUUAGGUAUUGUAGUUAAUAUGUUUCAUUUUCAAUUGUUGUUUAUUGUUUAAAUUGAUCACGAAUGAAAACCGGAUAGUUCGGGUUUAGUUGUAAUAUUUGUAAAAAUCAUAUCACCAACAAAAAACGGCGAAAUUUCGAAAAAAGCAUUCGUAUUAUACCUAUGACAUAUCUGACUCUUAUUGUUAUACUCUAUCCCUUGUUAUGUUCACUUUAAGAUAAUUUUGCUUGCAUUUUACCGAACGCUCUUCAAUUGUACUGAUGAUUGUUAAGUAUAUAUAUAAUGUGCCAAGAGGAAAUAUUGUUGUUAUUCAAAUAAAUUUGUUUGAAUUUAUUUAUACCCAUGAGAAGAUUUUUGUAAAUACCUAAACACAGAAAAUAGGAAAUUGAUAUAAAUUGUAA